CCAGACACCGCGGGACGUCCCCAGACUUCCUGUGGCCAUACCUUGACAUGUCAGAGCUAUGUCCAAUCCGUAAAGGCCCCACUGUGGAUGGGCGGUAUGUCUUGGGUAUUGGCACAUCCCACAGAUGCUCAGUCGAAUUGGGAAAUGGGGAAUUUGGAGGCCAGGUCGAUGCCUUGAGCUCUUUGUUAUGUUCCUUGGGUCAUUCCUGAGCACUGCCAUAGGGGAGUGUUGUUGCCAUAAGGGAGUUUGCUUCAUCUGCAAUGGUGUUCGGGUGAGAGGAGUGCGUCAAGUAACAACCACAUAUAUGCCAGAGUCAUUUUUUAGAGUUAGUGAUCCAAGCUUUAUUCUGCCCCAGAAAGUCUGGAAAAGUUAACCACAAUAACUUGGAUUAAUUUUUAUGAAAAACACUUUUGAUUCUUUUGAAUCCUGGGUAGGUAUGGACUCGUGUUCUGACUUUAUGACAGAUUCAGAGGAAGAGAGUCACCACUUGGUUUUUCAUCAUGCUGGUAAAUCUGAAUGAAUCAGGGUCUUCUCAUGGGUUCAGUAAAACUGGGCAUUUACUUGGGACUAGGCUUUUAACUGAAGUUUUACUAUCAGCACAUUUCCUGAAAUGACGACUAUUCCUUUAAUCAGAGUACGACAAAGUAACUGAAGAAACCACAAGCUAGGGGCAGGUAGUGUUUCAGCCUUCUGAUGGGUGCUGUAAUAAUUCAGAAUACUUGCAGCAUGCACACAGAGUGGGAGGAACAAGGGUUAGCAGCCUGGUCCCACUCCCAGUGUUCCUGGCUUCACUUUAACAAUGUCACCAUAAUGACACUGGGGACACUGGCCCAACAGCAUAUUCUGACCGUUUAGCGUGUGUGUGAGACACAACAGGCUUUCCACUAACUACAAUGUAAACCCAUCCACGUCAUGAUUAGAUGCUCAGAACAACAGACAUAAUUUAAAGGCUGUGUGUAUUUAGCGAUACACCUUUACGGUCACUUUUGUGGCACUCAAAACUGGGUGAUUUUUGGUGACACACCGCUGCCUUUCUGGCUGCAUUUGUGGCAUUAGUAGGCAGGUGUUUUUAGGUGACAUCCUUAAUCUUUUCCUAACCAUAACCCUGUGGUUUUGUUGCCUUAAUCUAACUGCCAACUCCUACUUAACGCUGCUUUUGUGCCACUCAAAUCCGUUUUUUUUUUAGCGGCAUCUGAGGUCUUUUCCUAACCUUAUCUAAGUGGUUUUGUUGCCUAAACCUAACCGUUGACCCUUUCUUACCGCCAUCCCCUUCUGUAUCAAGUUACAAAAGGCUUCCCUCAGCAUCAUUUUAGCAAUGCUCAGGGUCUGUGCGACGCUCCAAGGAUAUGCCUCCCUGGACCAUCACAGACCCACCACCGAACCAGUCAUGCUGGAUGAUGUUACAGGCAGCGUAACGUUCACCACAGCAUCUCCAGAUUCUUUCACGCCUGUCACGUGCUCAGUGUGAACCUGCUCUCAUCUGUGAAGAGAACGUGGCGCUGAUGGAGGACCUGCCAAUACUGGUGUUCUCUGGUGAAUGCCAAUCGAGCUGCACGGUGCUGGGCUGUGAGCACAGGUCCCACUAGAGGACAUCAGGCCCCUUAUUCCACCCUCAUAGAGUCUGUUUCUGACAGUUUGGUCAGAAACAUGCACACCAUUAGCCUGCUGGAGGUCAUUUUGUAGGGCUCUGGCAGUGCUCCUCCUGUUCUUACUCACACAAAGGAGCAGAUACCGGUCCUGCUGCUGGGUUGAAGCCCUCCUACAGCCCUGUCCAGCUCUCCUCGUGUAACGACCAGUUUCCUUGUAUCUCCUCCAUGCCCUUGAGACCUUCUUGGGACUGCACGUAUGGAUGUGCCAUCCUGGAGGAGCUGGACUACCUGUGCAACCUGAUUGGGCUGCAGGUGCUGCCUCAUGCUACCAGUAGUGACACGGACACUGGCAUAACACAGAACUAGAGAAGAAUCAUUCAGGAAGGAUGAGGAGAGAGCAACUGUCUGUAAGCAUUCCCUUUUGGGGGGUUGUCUUGCUUUUGCCUCUCCAUUUCACCUGUUGUCACUUUCAUUUCCACCAAAGCAGAAACUGAAACUGAUUCACAAUCACUUGUGCUUCAAAAAUGAACAGGUUGAUAUCCCUGAAGUGUAACUGACUUGGUGUUACACUGUCAAGAUUACGUGUUCCCUUAACUUUGUGUAUCAGCUAACAGCCAUCAUAGGCUACUGCUCAUGUCAGACCAAAUAAGGCUGCAGCAGUAAAACCCCUGAGAGUACUGACCUGAGCAGGGGAGCAUUUUAUUGUUUAUUAAUCAGACAAGAAUGUCUUAUGUCUUCAAUCAAAAGUUACAUAGUUUGUCUUUAAAUUCAGUUGCCUGUGUCACAAUAUAGCUACAACAAUUAUUCAUUAGAGUUGUUUAAGGUUACGUUUGUAUGUUUGCAUUAGCCUACAAGGUUCCUGGUCUCUGAUCAAGAUACUCUCACACUUACUGUAAAUGCUGAGAUUACAGGAAACCCACUGAGGUGUUACGUCAUCCUUUCUAUCCCUUCCCUUACAAAAUGAAGGAAUAUGUGAGGGGAUUCCUCAGCAUUUAAUCACUGACUGGCUGGUGUUUCAGUCAUUCAAAAAAUGUCUUUCGGUCUAACAGGGAAGUGGAGGCUGUCGCCCAGUCACACACACUCACACAUACACACCCACACAUCCACAUGCACACAGACACAAGCUGUAUUAUGUCAUUUCAUCUUUCCGGCUUAACUAUAUUAGUUCAGAGUGUUGUCACUGAGGUGGAGCUUGUCACGAGUUGGAAGGAAACAGACAGAGAACUGCUGCAUGCCGAAGUGUUUGCCUCUGUGACCGUUCACUGCGGUCUACCAUGGGAAAAUAUACUGAUGAGUAGAAAUGUCACCUGGGCUGCUGAUGACCAACAUAAAACAGUCCACAGCGGCUUUUCUUCAGACGCUUCGUCGCAAAAUGCCUCAGCUGGACAUUCAAUACACUAAACUGCGAUGGCUGUUAACCAUUGUUGGACUGGUCUUGUAUGUGGUGGACAUUUGCACAGACGUGGGACUGGCACUGAAAUAUUUUCGAGAGAAACAUUUUGUGUGGACCACACUGACUCUAGUGUUUGUUCUGGCGGGGCUGCUGGUGACGCAGAUCUUCAGUUAUGCCUGGUACAGGGAUGACAUGAAUGAAUUUCAGGCGGACACUGAGGGAGAACCGAGCAUAUCAACUAUACCAGGCAUGUCAACAGGUGGACUUGCUGUCCUGCACGUAUUUGGCAUGGGUAUCUUCACCAGGUAUUAUCACCUCCUGAACAAAAGCUUUAAAGUGGUUUGGAUGACGACAAAAUCAUACACAGUGGAAGAGAAGACAGAUGUGCACUACGAUCUGUUUGGCCUGGCGACAGAUCUGAGCAUGCUCAAACUGUUUGAGGCUUUCCUGGAGAGUGUUCCCCAACUGCUUCUUCAGCUUUACAUAUUGCUGGGUCAGAAUGAGCGAUACUCAGUCCUGCAGUAUUUAUCUCUGGCGUUCUCCUUCUUUAACAUCGCCUGGUCCCUGGUGGACUACCGCCGCUGCAUGCGCAGAUCCCACCCCCAUAUAACAGAGAUGCCAUCUGGCCUCCCCACAGUCGUCUACCUCCUCUACAAACUCUGCACCAUCACCAGCCACAUCCUCAGCUACACCCUCCUCCUCAUACUGAGCCCCUUCAGCACGAUAGCCCUCACUGUCCUCUGGCUGCUGGGCACAACCUGGGCAAAUGUACUUCAAACUGACUUCUGCUUAUCAAGAGGGCUUGAGUUUCUUUACCAAGCAGUCGUCGGAUUCAUCCUCACCUUUACCUUUUUCAACGUCAAAGGACAGGACACCAAAGUAGCCAUGGCUAUCUACUACAUUUUCUAUGUUGGCAUAAACAUUUUAGCUCCAUCGCUGCUGGCUUUGUUGAAACCAGAGUUACAGACAGCUGUGUAUUUGCUGCCGGUCUGUGGUUUGAUCGUUGGAGGUUCAGUGCUGGGGCUGGUGUGUCUCGUGCUUUACUACCUCCUGCUGCAUCCUAGAGAGAAGCAGCAACGUGUAUCAGACGUGGUGGACGGCCUGGGGAAAGAAACACAGACCACGAGGAGAAUGAGGAACUUUUUACAGCCUUGAUGAUGUAAUUCCAAGCUGAGAAAAAAACUAGGAAUCUGAAACUACUGAACAUUUUGACAAGGAAAAGACAGAUGUCAUCUUGAUAUUGUGCUCACUAUUCAUCAUAAACUAACGCUGCUAUUAGUUAUUGACCAUAUUCUGAGGAAAGUUUGCUUUUUUAUUACUGAUACAAAUAACUAACAAAGCAAUUAAGUGCAAUAUAGUAGAUUAUAUAAAUUAUUUAUUC